CUACAGGGCAAGCUCACCAAAGUCUACUAUCCCCUCUUCCACCCAGUGGCAAACUUCCAUGAUAGGAUUCUCUGAGAGAUGGUUAAUGGAAGGCCCAAAAUAACAACACCUGUUAACCGUGUGUGUGAUGCUGCUGCUGCUGCUGCUGCUGAUGAUGAUGAUGAUGGAGACCAUGACGACGAGGAGGAAGAGGACAGUGAGAAUGAUUACGAUGAUGAUGCCGAUGCAGAAGAUGAUUACGAUGACUCUGACGCUGAUGUUGACUCUGACCCGGACGAUGACGAUGACAACGAUGAUGAUGAUGGAGACAAUGUCGAUAAUGGAGACAAUGAGGAGGAGGACGAGGACAGCGAGAACGAUGAAUGAUGAUGAUGAUGAUGAUGAUGAUGGAGACCAUGAUGAGGAGGAGGAUGAGGACAGAGAGUGAUGAGGGUGAUGUAGCAAUGAAGAUGACGGCGACGA